GUCAGCGCAUGCUCCGGCCAGCGUACUCCCAUGGUACUCCGGCGCUCCAGCGGCCGCCACCUCUUCCGCCAUUUUUAGCAAAACAUGUCGGUUUGCGGCGUUUGUAUGCCAUGACGCAGAGGUUUCUGCCAUGGGUGACGCGCGUUUGAGCCUGGAGUUCUUCAACUGGGCAGGUUUGUCACCUCAAGAUCAACAAAUUCUAGAUGAGGCCUUAAGGAAUGGAAGUGAUUGUGUUGAGCUACCCUGGCAGGAUGAGGAAGACUGCCUGGAUGCCCAUACAUUGCCCCCUGAGCAACCGGAUCUUCUGAGUUGCGCUGACACCUUGGGCCCAGAGGCAGCCCUGGACAGCGCAUUGCCGGAAACAUUGGAAAUGCAACAGCUCUACCUGCAGCAUCAGCAGGUGUUUCCACCAGCUCAGUAUUCACCAGGUCACCAUCAUCCACCUGUUAUAAGUCAGGAGAUGGUGUGCGACUUCACUGAGCAGCACCAGCCUCCACCUGCUUUGCCAUUGGAGGGAAUAGGAAAACGAUCUUCAGGGCGCAGAGGCCAUCACAGAAAUAAGGGGAUGCACCACAAUUCUCGACCUGACAUGGCAGCUCAUGCACCUGCAGUGGAGGUUUUGGAACGGAUGGGGGAGCCAGUGCGCCAUAUGCCCCUAACCUACGCUGGUGGCCAGAGUGGUUUUCCUCCUUUCUCAUACCAUCAACCUGUGUACUACAUGUGCGUUGGAACAGCGCAACCUUUCUACGGUCCUGCCCAAGGCCACCAUCCACUGCCAUUUGUUACAGCUAUGGUGUCACCCCAGCCUCCACCACAUGUGGCCAUGGCAGCUCCCAGUACCAUGGCUGGCGAGCCAGUGACGGCGGCACAUUAUGCUGAACUGCCUGUUCUGAGCUCGUCAAAGGAAGAAGUGGCCUGCCCUGUGACCACCAGCACCAGUGAGCAGUCAACAGCAGUCUUGGAUGACGUUGAACCAGCAGAACUGUUGGCCAGUACCGUUUCUAGCGAGACAGAUGAAGCAGUGCACGAGAUAGCCAAACCCGCAUCUCCUCUACCACCGACUAUGCCCAGUAAUGUGCCUGAAGCAGAAGCAGCUGUGCCUGUUGUUGAGCAAACUCUAGCUGUGACUGCAGUGGAAGAGCCAGCUCCUGUGCCCCCUGUAGUGAAUGGUUCCGGACCAGCCAGGCGCUGCUGGGCUGACCUUUUCAAAAAGGGCUCUGGUGAAGUGGAAGGCGCAGGUAAACGGCAACCAGUGGUGCCCCUUGCACGUGAUGGUGCCACGAGUGACUGUGAGGAGGAGAUGCGACCAUGCAGGGCAUCUGUACCAGAGUCUGGCGACACUAGGCUUGGUUGGGCUUUGCGCAACUGCACUGUCAAUCACACACCUCCAUUGAUUCAACCCAGGGGCUUGGAGAAUGGCAAGAACUGGUGCUAUAUCAAUGCCAACCUCCAAGCCUUACUGGCUUGUCCAGCUUUCUACAACCUGCUGUACAACUUGCCUCUGGUACCUGGCAUGCCUGGUUCCAAUGCAACACCUCUCUUGGAGUGCCUCAUGUUUUUUCUGCAGUCCUAUGCAAUUCCUAUGGUUCGUGAGACUGGCAAGAAGGAUGAACUGGUUAUUGGGUCAGCAUAUGACCCUGAACGAUUCAGAGACCUUCUGAUGAAAAUAAAACCUGACUGCAAAAAGGGUAAGCAAGAGGAUGCAGAGGAAUUCUUAAGCUUCAUGCUAAAUGGCCUGCAUGAUGAAAUGGUGUCAUCAAUGCGUUCUGUGAGCAAUGGUCUCAACGGUCAGUGCAAUGGAGAGGCUCAGCUGCCAGUUGAGCAUGUUGAUGACGAUGAUGAUGAUGAAGGUGCUUGGAAGACUGUCACCCAUCGCAAUCGACACCAAGUAACCCGUUCAGCAGAGUAUUCAAAAUCUCCAUUAAUGGACAUAUUUGGAGGUGAAAUGCGCUCCUCUGUGACAGCUGAUGGAGAGACAUCAGCUUCACUUCAGCCAUUCUUCACUCUGCAGCUGGACAUCCAGGAUGGAGUUAAAAAUGUAGAAGAGGCAUUGCUGCACCUCGCUGCUGAAGAGAAGGUGCAGAACUACCAUAGCAGCAAGAGCAACAAAGAGGUGGAUGCAUUGCGCAGAACUACCUUGGAAAAGCUACCGCUGGUGCUUAUUCUUCAUCUAAAACGUUUUGUGUAUGACAAAAAUGGUGGCUGCAAGAAGCUUAUGAAUGCCAUACAGAUACCUCAUCAACUUCAGCUUGACCGCAGAUUGGUGUCGUCCAGCGAGAGGUCAAAUAAGCAGCAGCGCUGCUAUUUGCUAUUUGCAGUAUUAAGCCACAGUGGAGAGCGCACAGACAAAGGUCAUUAUGUGACUGAUGCCUUCCACCCAGCAGGACGCACAUGGCUUCGCUGUGAUGAUGACAAUGUGACACCCAUUGCCCAAGGCGAACUGCUGCGUUUUGAGAACUCGUCUCUUGUGCCCUAUCUACUCUUCUAUCGACGUGCGGACACUGACCAUCAGGCUAGGUAGACAAAAAACCAGUUUAAUAGGACAUUCAAAGGCGGACUGGGCAAGGCAUUGCCAGCAAGUGGUGGGCCAGCGUGUGCAUUUUAUUUUUUUAUUAUUACUUUCUGCUCUACUUCUCUUGUGCAAAGUGUGGGCACUACCUAUACAGUCUGCUUUGUGCCGUGUGUGUCAAUUGGCGUGUAGUUUGCUGCAAGUUCUCCGUGUGUGUCAAUUUGCGUGUAGUUUGCUGCAAGUUCUCUUUUUUUAACAAGCUGCGGCACUGUUUUUCUUUUUGCCGACAAUGUGUUACUCUGGUUUUGUCUGUUUGUGUGUGCACAGCUAUUUAUUAUGGGCCUUCUCUCCUUGCAUUCAUUUCAGAACCCGAGUGCUUUUCGUGAUGCUUUGGUGCUGGGGGAGGAAGGGUUGGCUUAAGGCUCUUCCUCCCCCAGCUAAAACUUGUCUGCUGGCAGCCACCCUGUUGCUUUGCAGUUGUGUAUGUGCAUAUGUACAUAAGUGUUAUGCAAGGGCAUCAAGCCAGAACUUAGUGCUGUAGUACUACUAGCUGCAACAUGCAGACUCUUUAGUGUUAAUGAUUGGAGUGCUUUCCAUGCAAAAGAAACUCACAUAAGUGCCUCAUGAUUCAUAGUUCUUGGUAUGCUACUGUACUCUUAUGCAACCAGUCUAAAAGGUGGACUGUUUCUCCCCCCCCCCCCCCCCCCCCUCUUGAACAGACAUGGAAAGCCUGUGUAGGCAUCAUGUAGGAUUCCCUAUCCUAAUGCUUCCAUGAUAACUCAGUUCUGUGCUCUUGUAUCCCUUCCCCUGCUCCUUAUGCACACGGUGCUUUCAAAGAUAUUACUUAGUGAAACUUCACUGGUGUUACACAUCACUGCACUAAUCUUUUGAAUUUAUUGUGACCCAGUUUAUAUACUGCUGUCUUUCAUUUUUGAAGCUGUUUAACAGCUUAAUUGUAACUAAAGUAACGCUGUCAUCUUUAAGCAUGUGUUCUUUAAUGUAAAGGAGAGAUAUUGUUAUAAAGAUUUUGCUUGUUGUCAUAUAUGUCCUGAUGAUAACCAGGAUUUAAAAAGCAGCCACAUCUUGCAUGGAUGGUGAAGACCAACUUUCAUGCUGUGAUGGAUGCUACAGUAUCUCUGCCAAUAAGUGUUAAAAUUUGGUAUUAAUUUUUGGACUCAGGACUUCUUUUUACAGAAUAUGCAACAGGUUUAAAAGAUUAGUUUGCCUUGCAGUUCAAGCUAAAGAACAAGAACACAUUGGCAUAUGUUUGCACCAGUAGUACUCAUGGUAAUGGUAGCUUAGGUAGCUGGGUGACAUCUAAAGGCAGGUCACCCCACAUGCACCAUAAUAUCAAGUUCAUAUGCCAUGUAUAUUCUGAAUCUUGCUCAUUUCUUUUUCACUUGGAAGUUUCUAUAUCAUGAAUGUUCACAAUUCGCUGUGUAAGUGCGCCUCAUUUAUUUGCACUGUGGAUCUUUUCACUUGGCUUUCAGUGCACACGAAUGUAACUGUCAGGUCAAAUGGUGUAUCGAAAACUUGGCUCAUGUUGUAUGGGGUGUUCUGUACCGUGCUUGUGAGUCACUCCACAUGGUCGGUGUUCUCGGGACUGAGAAAAGUGCUUGAGAAACUAUGCUUACAUGUUUACUCAUGAAUCAUAAAAAGUUGUGCAUUGCAUUGUUCUGUACCGUGCUUGUGAGUCACUCCACAUGGUCAGUGUUCUCAGGACUCACAAAAGUGCUUGAGAAACUAUGCUUACAUGUUUACUCAUGAAUCAUAAAAAGUUGUGCAUUGCAUUGUUUUUGUUGUAAACUUUUUUGCUGGUGUAAAGUGCAACAUCGGUGUAUGUGAGAGAGUGACUUAAUUUGCAUGGUGACCCUGAACCUACAUGCAUAGUUCCCCUUUGGGUUUGUUGCUUUGUGUUUUUCACACUGAUCACUUAAGUCAGGAACAGUGCCUUGCUAUAUUAUUAGAGCUAGUCAGUUUGCAUUAGCUUUGCUGAAAAUGGUUUGGUUGGCUGGGGUGUUUCCUGUAGGCAAACAUGAGUUUUUCUGAGAACAUUUUCAUAACUGUACAUACACACUGAUGCAAGCAGCAUGCUUUGUCCCUCUUGUAAAGAUAUGUAGGUUGUUCCAAUUGUGUGUGCAAAGUCACCUUGUUUACCCAUAAGUUAAUUGAGGAAUGUCUGUUUUGAGUGCAAGCUAUAUAAGAACUACACCUGCUGUUGGCAAAUUUAAUACACAAUACGCAAGAAGUACCUCAAUUAGAGGACUAUAUAUUUCUAAUACUGUGUAUAUAGUAGUUUCACUUUAAGAAAACUGGUGGCAGAUUUUUAGACAUGUUUUAAACUUGUUACUGCUUGAAAUUCUGAAGCGAAUAGGGCUGUUUUUAUGUUCAUUGAGUGAUUUGCAGUGGGUUACUUUUUUUUUAAAUAAACUAUAAACCUGCCAGGAGUGCUUCAAGUUAUUGCCUAUGGUGGGAUUUUCUUUCAUUUAGGGCAAAAUAAUAUUGAAAUGCAAGACAUCGCGUGAAUAAAAACAUUGAAGGCUUCUCU